AUCAGUUGACUUUGCUUUAGUUGGUCAAUGAAAGGCUCGUUCGACACUUGCAUAGUUAGAACAUCGCCGAAUUGUUUACAUCGGCUGAUAUAGAUUGUGGAGCCGAUUGCAGUGAUCGAUCGGCAGCGGCGGCGCGCGCGCGUGUGGCUGUCAUGUGGUGCCUGUGACGCAACGUGCGGCGAUGAAGAUGUCACUGUGCAACGCUUGCAGAUUUUCCGUUAUAUGCUGUAUCAUCGUGUUAUCAAACAUUGACGCACCCGCAACAGCAUUCACGCUUCGUCACACAACAAAAGCCAUUCAUGCGGACAGAAAUCUUGCUCAAGAAGACAGCGUUAUACUGCGAGUUAAAAGGAAUUCCAGGAUAGUUUCUGAUCAUUUAAACUUGAGUAACAACAAAACAGAAGGCAAAAAAGAAAGAAAAGAGAAUGGAAUCUUGUUGGCUACAAAAACGAUACAACCCAAACAAGAUUUCAUAACAGAGCCCAAUACAACCGAUCAAACGUCGAAUAUACCAAACAAAAAUCUAGUGACAGAGCAAAUAACGGUUUAUGAACAAAAAAUAACAACGGAAAGUUCAACUUUAAUUAAUCCAGAAGCGGAAACAUUUACAUCUAGUUUUGGUUUAGAGGACAAAUCUUCGGUUUCGAUGUAUUCUGAAUACACAUCUGAAAGAGAAACUACAACAGACUUUAUUGAUUUAUCAACAAGUGAAUUAAAGUUAAGUGAGUCUGAACAAAUUGAAUUAGAAACCACUACUAUAGGUCAAUCUAAAGACCGUACAGUCACAGAUAAACCACAAUUUACGAAACCAUCAAAAGACAUAAUAAAAAAGCAGAAACAUUUUUCACCAAGUCUAAAUAAAUUAGGCCCCACACCUAAAUGGAAAAAAUACAAGACCAUUGAGAGAAAGCGACCAUCGCAUUCUUCAGAAGAAAUUGUCAGAGAAAAAAUCAAAGAUAAUAUAAAAGAGGAGAUUCUAAAUGCAGAAACAAAGCACGUACGAGUUGCGCUACAAGAUACUGUCACAUCUGAUAUCCCAUCGCUGGAAUCAUUAAAAAAUGAUCUCUUAACAUCGAAUCUAAAAUUUCAGACAUAUGAUAGUCAAAACGCAGUAACCUUAACACCAUUAGUGGAAGUGGACGGUCCAACUGCACAUCUUGAUAUUUUAUCUUCUACACAAGUUGGUCACGAAUCCAAACGAGCAGGAUUUCUUAAUUUUUCAGGAAAAACUAUAACUUCAGAAGCGACUUCCACUUCAUAUGUGACAACUGAAAUUUCUACAGAAACAGAAAAAAAACCUGAGAUGGCUGAUUUCAAAAUCAGUACUAAUAUUCCAGGAAUGUUUGAAACAUCUAGUUCCAUAACCGAUAUAGUACAUUCUGAAGAUAAAAAUAAACUCGAAUCUCAAAUCGUAAUGAACGAGGAUACCAUGAAAGAAGAAUUAAUGAAGGAAAUGGCAAUUAAAGAUUAUGAAGAAAAUGUUAAUCAGCGUCAACGAGUUAAUGUUCUUAACUACAACGCAAAUCACAAAAUUGAAGAAAGUAAAGGUGUUAAUCUUGAUAAUUCAGCUGAAACGAAUUCGUCAUCUGAAGUGAACUCUAAAUCAAUGAAUAACGAAAAAUCUAAAAAUAUCACACUGUAUACAGUGAAUGCUAAUUAUAAGCCCAUGAAGAAAAUAGAAGUUAUGCCACCAAAACAAUUUGUCAGGGACCCGGACGACAACAGUUGGAGGAACGAAAGCUUAAGCUCCCUAGGCAUAGUUUUUAAACCAAAAAAUUCUUCUAAGCCUUUCACUCAAGUCUUAAAAAACAAGACGGAGACAGAAUGGAACAAUUUGUCUGAAAAAGAUAUCAAAAAUGAUUUACCUGACCUAAGGGAGAGGCUGCAAAAGAUGGGUGAGAAAAGAAAAUCUAAAAGAAAGAAAAUAGACUCGUUCGGUAAUACCGUUUACAUUGAUUAUGAAGAAAAUAGUAGCUCUGGGGAGCGCGGAGGAGUCACAAUUGAUGAACUUACAUCUAUCGUCACUACGUAUUCGCCUGCUCUAGACAGUACGACUGGAGGCAAUGGAAUCACUAGAGAACCACAAAAUGUGACUGAGACGGUGACUACAAAUUCAACAACAGAAAGUGUAAGUAAAAAUUCAUUCGCAACUACGAUUCCCAAAAAGUUGUUCCGUGAAUAUUAUGAUUCUACGGACGAAGACGACACCGACUAUUUAAACAUGGCUAAGAUAGAUCUGAAGAAAUUUACCACUUCACUCAGGCCAAGUACUCCUUUCUUUCCUUCAACAAUAGUGGCAAAGCAACCCGAUUGGCUAAAACAGAAGAGCAAACUUUCGGUCAACGCGUUCCCCGAAAGAAAAGCUACCGUACAGUACUUCCCUCCCUUGACGACGCAAAAAGUUAACAUUAACGACUACGAUAAUGGCUUUAAGUUCAAAAUGGAAUCGUUUACAACUGAGACCGAUGUGCCGGAACACGUUCUGCCAGCAUCUGUGCCUAUUCCGACAACACCGCCCACAUUUGUUUCAACACCAUCAGCUAGUACUGUUGGCAGCAAAUCAGAUUUAACAGAGAAAAUGUUGUUAACACGACCACAACUAACGACUGAUCCAGGCGUAGCACUAAAUGAUGAAGUGAGCUUCGAUAGGGGCACUUACGUCAUAAAACAUUACAAAGAUUUCGUUAAGGUGGCAGCAAAGAACUCCGAAUAUGACAAGAAUUUUGGGUACAUUCCGUACACUGAGGCACCAGCGCAAGGCGUGACCAAUACAGCUCACUUAAGAUAUAACAAAGAAUCGCCUAGGCCGAUAGACAACGGUUACGAAGAUUACGAAACACAAUUCCGGAAAGAUGUCCUGCAAAGAUUUGUAGACAAUUUCAACCAAAACAGUGAACGAUACAGAUCAGAGUUUCCCAUUCUAUUCAACAGUAGCAUUAUCCACACUGAAUCUCAGAGUGGUGAUGAUGUAGCGUCGUCGAGAGCGUUCAUGCGUGGUUUGUACAAUGGAAAAUUUGCUCUACCGAGGAAGACGUGCGAGCCGAACUGUGAUAAAUUAGUAGAGCUAUCGCCCGCUUACGAACUGCACUAUUACAUGCCCGAUCAGGAAGAAAAAGAAGAAGUGGCCCCCCAACCAGUUACACUGCCUUACCAGUACAGGUUAUGAAAUUUAAAAACGAAAGAUUAUGUCGAAGUAUCAUUAGACAUAGAUAUUAUGUAACGCGAUGUACAUUACUAUUGUUAUAUAGUAGGCACUAGCGUUCGCCCGCGGGUUGGAUCGCGCAGAUUUUCUCAGGAUAAAAAGCAUUACAGGAAUACACUCGUGUCCCAAAUUCCAUAAUAUAACUAGACGUUGACGCUCGAUUGAAUACCGAAUAUCUGAAUAACUUUCACAUUUAUAUUGUUAUUGUUUUUAUGAACAAGUAAAUGUUAUGAAUUUAGACGGAUCGUGUUGUGUAAUAAGAAUAACAAGAGAUAUUUAUUUUAAAGUUAAGGUGAUUUAUGUGUUGACUCAUAUACCUAUGGUUUGCUGAUUAGUUACUUUUAACCUUUGCCUUUGUCAGAUUAGUUUUACAUAUUGUCAAAUAUUUAUUGACUUCAAUUAUGAUUUGUACAUAGAUUAAACAGUAUGUGUUAUUUUAUAAGUAUAGACUUUACUUAUAUAAUGUACAGAUAGAUCAUAAUUAUACCUAAUGUUCGAUUAGUGCGAUUGUGUGGUAAGAAAAAUUUAUAACCAAAUGUUCGUAUGUAAAAUUUACAAUGUACCUACUUAGUAUGUAUUUAGUGUAUAAGUAGUGGAACAAAGUAGAUUUUAUGAAAGUGAGAUUAUGACAUGAAUGGCUUUAAAAGUGCUUGUGAAAUGAUGGUUUGGGAUAUUAUUUUAAUAAAAAUGGUGUAAAAAAAUUA